AUGCUGCUGAGUGUCUUCUGCUUCCUGUCGGCCGGCCUGCUGGUGGCCCGGACAGGUGAGACCCGGACAGACCAGCACCAGGAUCAGGACCGGACCCUGGGGAACGUCACUUCAGGAAAUGAAACGCUGCCGGAAAACCUAAUGUUCUCGGGACUCUUCGGUUUCAGUGAUCUGGCGGGGCGGCGCUCCUUCCCCGUGGAGCAGGAGAUGGAGGUCCGGAUCAUCGGGGGCCAGGAGGCCUGGGCCCACUCCUGGCCCUGGCAGGUCUCGCUCCAGUUCUCGUCCAUGCCGGCCUGCGGGGGGGCCAUCCUGGGGCCCAGCUGGGUGGUUUCUGCAGCCCACUGCUUCAGAAGGUUCAACCAGGAGUCGCUCUGGAAGGUUGCGGCGGGGAAACACGACCUGGACAAGACGCAGGAGCCGCAGCAGCAGGUGAGGUCCUCACCGGGGUCCAGAACCGGACCUCCUCUCCGGGGUCCAGACCUGAGCGGCUUCAGGCAACCCCCCCCACGCUGGGAGACCCAGGAGUUAAACCAGGAACCUGCUGAAGACCAGUCUGGCUUCCUGCUGCUGGUGGGCGUCUCCCGGAUCAUCGUCCACCGCGGCUACGACACCCGCACCAAAGAGGGCGACGUGGCCCUGCUGAGGCUGCAGCGCCCCCUGCUGUUCAACCAGUUCGUCAGACCCAUCGACGUCUGGACGGCGCCGCUGCCGGAGGCCAUGAGGUGCACCAUCACCGGCUGGGGCUCGACCCGAGAGAAUGGUCCUCGAGUCCACCGGCUGCAGGAGGUCAACGUUAGCAUCAUGGCGACGGACGCCUGCAACGACUACUACAAGGGCCGGGUCAAGCCCUCCAUGUUCUGCGCUGGGAAGGAGGGAGGAGGAGUCGACGCCUGCCAGGGGGAUUCUGGAGGUCCGCUGUCCUGCUUCACCGGGACCCGGCACCGGCUGGCGGGCCUGGUGAGCUGGGGCGUGGGCUGCGGCCGCGCCAGGAAGCCGGGCGUCUACACCAGGAUCCAGCAGCACGUGGGCUGGAUCUCCGACGUCAUGAAUCAGGUGGAGGUGACCGGCGCCGCGGAGGAGGAAGAGCGGAGCUGUGGCCGGCCUCAGCGUUUCCCCCGCCACCAGGCGCCAGCCUUGGCUGCACUGUCGGUGUCGCCGGAUGGGACGUCGGCCCUGGAGAACGUGACGGAGCCCGGCGCCGUGGUCUGGCCCUGGAUGGUCAGCCUGCAGUCCGGGGGGAAACACUACUGCAGCGGGGCGCUGAUCCACCGCCGCUGGGUGGUGACGGCCAGACACUGCAGCCCCAGCGCCCGGAGGGACGUGGCGGUCCUGGGGGUCCAGGACCUGCGGCGGGGGGCGGCCCAGACCGUCCCCGUGGAGGAGGUCUUCAACCCCGCACACGAGCCGGGCUUCCCGCCCCGCUCCGACCUGUCGCUGCUCCGCCUCGGUGCGCCGGCGAGACUCGGUCCGGACGUGUCCCCGAUCUGCGUCCCGGAGGAGGACGAGGAGCUGGACGACGGCUGGUCCUGCGUCACGGCCGGAUGGGGGAGGAGUCGAGCUGCAGGGCACCUGGACCCGGACCGGAUCCACCACGCCGGUCUGACCCUGGUCAACCAGACCGCCUGCCUGCAGAAGUGGGGCGACUUCAUCACCGACGGCCACAUCUGCUCUGACCCGGCCGGCGCCGCGGCCUGCAUGGGGGAGUCUUCGGCGCCGCUGUUCUGCAGGAAGCGAGGCGCCUACUUCCUGUUCGGCCUGGCCACAUGGUGUAGCUGGCGCUGCGACGGAGAGAAGCCCGCCAUCUUCACCCGGGUGCCCGAGUUCCAGCCCUGGAUCACCGACGUGACGGACGACGUCUGA